AUGAGCGCACAUCGAGGCUCAUACGACCCAAAUAACCCAGUUACGCCACACAAUACAAUACGUCCGGUAUCCAUAAAAAGUAUGGAUGGCAAAUCACGAUAUUAUCAGCGUCCGGAUAGUGCUGAUGAAUUUGCUAGGAUUAAUAGGAAGAACAAACACGAAAAGUGCUGCUAUGCUUUCCUUUUGAAGAUAAAAAAUUUCAAGGAACACUUAGCUAAAAUUAGCUGUUGUACCUGGCUGGAUCAUGUACCAACGGUUGUUUUUCUAGUCGGUAUUCUAAUCCUUCUAGCCGCUUUAAUCACCUUGCCGUUCCUGAUUACAUCGCUCAUCGUACGGGGUUAUUUGCCGACAUCUUUGAAUGGCAAUCAAACGAUGGAGAUCAUUAGAGCACAAUCGAACUGGCCUAGUGCUAACAUAUUACUACAGCCUAGGUCUUUCAAAUCGAUGAUUCCUCCGAAUGUUACCUUCUGCAGGGGAUAUGGGUUUUCAUGCACAAAUUUGCCGAGUCUUGUCAUUGGAACAUUGCAACGUUGUGAUGGUGUUGAAGAUUGUCCAGAUGGAAGCGAUGAAAUUGGAUGCAAAUUAUGUCAUACGACAGUCAAUUGUUCUAGUACAACAUACGGAGUGAUCUCAUCAAAACAUUCGAUGUGUCUACGAGGUUAUCGUUUAUGUGAUGGAAGUGUGGACUGUCCAGAUGGUUCUGACGAGGAGCGUUAUUGCAAAAAAGAAUGCUCAAAAGAUGAAGUACGAUGUGGUAAUACAGGUAUAUGCUUGACUGAUGAGCAGAGAUGUGACGGCGAUAUGCAAUGCAAGUACGGUGAAGAUGAAAAAAACUGUGAUGGUAAAUGUCGCGGAGGCGCAUUAUGGUGUGAAGAGAAGAAAAAAUGCGUACCUAAGUGGCAAAUUUGCGAUGGCGUCCAAAAUUGCCCGGAUGGCAAAGAUGAAAUGGAUUGCACAUGCAGAGAGUGUUCAGGUAUAGGGAAGGCAUUAUGUAACAAUACCAAUAUCUGCAUAGAACGCUCACAAGUUUGUGACGGUAAUGAGGAUUGUCCUGGCGGAGAUGAUGAAGUUAACUGUCCUGGAGGCUGUGCACAUAGCUCCAAAGAGGAUUUUAUUCGAUGCCGAGAUGGUAUCCUUUAUCAUAGAAAGUAUGCUUGCAGUGGAAUAGUGAAUGAAUGUGAAGGGAAGUGCAGUGAAUGUUUCGAAGAAAUGGCAUUCACUUGUAAGAAUCAUAAAUGUAUCAAAAGGAGUUUGGUAUGUGAUGGCUUGGACGACUGCGGUGACAGUUCUGAUGAAACGAACUGCAGCUGCACUGCUAUGAAGCGCUUGGGAGAUACACUACAGUGCAAGGCGUACGCUCGUGGUGGGAAGAAUAAAUGCAUUCUACUCUCGCAGCGUUGUGACGGUUACGAGGAUUGUCCGGAUGGUGAAGAUGAGAGAAAUUGUGAGAAAUGCAUGAAUCCAAAUGCCAUUUAUUGUAAGCCGACGAAAACUUGCUUAGGAAGUAUGAAGCGUUGCGAUGGUGUUACUGACUGUCCCGACGAUAAUGAUGAACAAAAAUGUAGUUGCGCAGAAUGCAGAAUACAUGGAUUCCCGAUGUAUAUGUGCACAAAUGUGGCGAAAUGCUUUAGACGACAUGAAGUAUGCAUUCCCUAUACGCAAUGUCCGAAUGCUUCAAAAGUGGACAAGCUGUUUUGUGCCAACCUAGCUCGGCAAAGCGCUUUUCUUGCUGCAAAAAAGAAAGUGUGA